GAGAUCCGUCCAUCUUUCUCCCAAGGCGCACACACUCUCUCUCCGUCCGCAGAUCGGAUGGCCUCCACCGCGGUGGCGCCGCCGCCGUCGCGGCAGCUCCGUCUCCGACCACCGCCGCCCUCCCUCCGCAUCUCCCCGCCUCGUUUCUUCCGUUCCCUCCCCUCCCCUCCUCUCCUAAAACCCCACCUCCUCCCCCUUAAACCGCUAAAUCCCUUCCUCCCCCCCGCCCCUCUCCUCCUCCGCCGCCGCUCCCCGCCCUCCGCCAUCUUCUCCGCCGCCUCCGACGCCCCCCACCGCCCCACCAUCGAGGACUCCUCUACGUUCCGGGAAUGGGACUCCCUCACCGCCAAGUUCGCCGGCGCCGCCAACAUCCCCUUCCUUCUCCUCCAGCUCCCCCAGAUCGUCCUCAACGCCCGCAACCUCCUCGCCGGCAACAAGGCCGCCCUCUUUGCCGUCCCCUGGCUCGGGAUGCUGACGGGGUUGCUGGGGAACCUGUCGCUUCUGUCCUACUUUGCGAAGAAGAAGGAGACGGAGGCCGUUCUCAUCCAGACUUUGGGCGUGUCGUCGAACUAUGUGGUGAUCGCGCAGCUUGCAAUAGCCGAGGCCAUGCCUCUGCCUCAGUUUGGGGCGACAUCGGCUGUCGUGGCCUCCGGGCUUGUUCUCAACUUCUUGAAUUACUUUGGUUGGCUUCAUGAUGGCAUCUGGCGGCUCUGGGAGGACUUCAUCACCAUCGGCGGGGUUGCCGUUCUCCCUCAGGUGAUGUGGUCGACGUUUGUUCCCUAUAUCCCAAACAGCAUCUUGCCUGGGCUGAUUUUUGGUACUGUAGCUGUUGUGGCUGUUAUUAUGGCACGAUCUGGGAAACUUUCUGAUAGAGGAAUAAAGUUUGUUGGGUCAAUAUCUGGAUGGACCGCGACUCUACUUUUCAUGUGGAUGCCUGUAGCGCAAAUGUGGACAAAUUACCUCCAUCCAGACAACAUUAAAGGCUUAUCAGCUUUCACAAUGUUGCUUGCAAUGAUUGGAAAUGGCCUUAUGAUUCCACGAGCUUUAUUUAUUCGUGAUCUGAUGUGGUUCACUGGUUCAGCUUGGGCAACCUUUCUUCUUGGUUGGGGAAACUUGGCCUGCAUGUACUGUUUCAAUAGUAUCAGCAGGAAUUUUUUCUUCGCAGCAACACUUGGCUUGUUUUUAUGGCUAGGAAUGGCUCUUUGGAGAGAUACUGUAGCCUAUGGUUACAAUUCACCCAUUACAUCCUUAAAAGAAUUAGUGUUUGGACAAUGAUACAGAUACUGCUGAUGGUGUAUCUGCAACAUUACAUGGAUCAUUGUUAGUCAUUAUUUUUGCCAGAUUUGGUCCAAUAGUUCAAGUUGCAAUCGGGAGCAUUCUAUCAGAUGCUGGCCUUAUAGUUGCUUUAUGGUAAGCUGCAUAGGGCCAAGGAUAUUCAAAACCUCAUGUUGAGUGAGUUUUAAUCUAGUUCAUGGUGACAUUUGCUUCUGUGGCAGUUAUUUACCAAUAUAACUGCUUGCUUUCACCAUGUAAAUUGUAAAUUAAUUGAUAAAACACGCUGUAGCAUAGUAAAUAAAUAUUUUUUACCACUCCAUGAAUGAUUAUUUUCAAUCCAUGCACACUUCAUGAA